AUCUUGUUGGUUUGAUUUCAGGAAGCGAUUGAACAAAAUAUCUGUUUUUCAUGUUUAUCUGUUUAUUAGCCUUGGAAAUACGGAAAAUAGUCAUUCUGUCUGAAGUAUUCUGUUGUAUUAGUCGUUGGACACUUGGUGGAUACUGUAAGCUGCGGAGAUGUCUUCUGACUGUCCCCCACAAUCCCCAGCAGUUGCAAAGACUGUGGUUGCCUUGGAAGGAGAGUCACCAUUGUUAGCUGCCACCUUUGCCUACUGGGACAACAUUCUUGGUCCAAGAGUCCGACACAUUUGGGCUCCAAAGUCUGAGCAGCUGCUUCUCAGUGAUGGGGAAAUCACAUUUUUAGCUAAUCACACUCUGAACGGAGAAAUCCUGAGAAGUGCUGAGUGUGGAGCCGUUGACGUAAAGUUUUUUGUGCUGGCCGAGAAAGGUGUCAUUAUAGUGUCUUUAAUCUUUGAUGGGGACUGGAAAGGAGAUAAAAACACAUGUGCACUCUCCAUAAUCUUGCCACAAACUGAGCUGAGCUUUUACUUGCCUUUGCACAGAGUCUGUGUUGACCGUCUGAAGCAUAUUAUUAGAAAAGGAAGAAUAUGGAUGCACAAGGGACACAGCAUUGUAUCUGUGCUUACAACUGAAAUCAUUCCAAUAAUGGAUCUGCUGUCUUCCAUGAAGUCGCACAGCGUCCCAGAGGAAAUAGAUAUUAAGGACACAGUGUUAAAUGAUGAUGACAUUGGAGAUAGCUGCCAUGAAGAUUUUCUACAUAAGGCUAUUAGCUCACAUUUGCAAACGUGUGGCUGCUCUAUGGUGGUGGGGAGCAAUCCAGAGAAAGUUAACAAGAUGGUCAGAACUCUUUGUCUUUUCUUGACUCCUACUGAACGUAAAUGCUCACGGCUUUGCAGAGCAGAAUCAUCCUUCAGAUAUGAUUCUGGCCUCUAUGUGCAGGGCUUAUUAAAGGAUUCAACUGGCAGUUUUGUUUUGCCCUUUCGCCAAGUGCUAUAUUCCCCUUAUCCAACCACACACAUUGAUGUAGACGUCAAUACCGUAAAACAGAUGGCACCUUGUCAUGAGCAUAUUUUUAACCAACGGCGCUACAUGGGAUCCGAGCUUACAGCACUUUGGAAAGCUACAUCUGAUGAAGAAAUGGCUCCUGAUACAAUUAUACAUGCAAAUGAAACUUUCACUCCAGAUUUGAAUGUGUUUCAGGAUGUAAUGCAUACAGACACUCUGGUGAAGUCCUUCUUGGAUCAGGUCUUUCAGCUGAAGCCUGGAUUGUCCCUCAGAAGCAUGUUCCUUGCUCAGUUUCUGCUUGUCCUUCAUAGAAAAGCACUAACACUGAUAAAGUACAUAGAGGAUGAAACACAAAAGGGAAAGAAGCCUUUCCGGUCCCUCCGCAACCUGAAGGGAGAUCUGGAUCUGACAGUGGAAGGAGAUCUCAGUAUUGUGAUGGCCUUGGCUGAAAAGCUGAAAGCUGGCCUACACUCAUUUGUGUUUGGAAAGUCAUUCUUUACUAGCGUGCAGGAACGAGAUGCCUUAAUGAGUUUUUAAUAUUCCACUUUAGUGUUUACAUAAAAUAAUAAUAGUAAAAAAGGAUAAGUAUUGCUCUCCUGGGUGGAACUAGUGGACAGCAUACAACAUUUUCUAAUUAUUAUUAUUGCUUUUUUCAGCCAUGACUUAAAAAUGCUCUUGGAUAUUGUUUAGACUUCCGACUACUAUUAGCCUUUGCGUUCAAAUGUUACAUACUUACUUUGCAUCAUAUUAACAAUGCCUUUCUGUUAUAUCUUGUUAUGAGCCAUUUUUCAGACUUUUCUUAGAUUGGUACACUCUGUACAAGUAGUGAUUGCACUGUAAAGAAACGAAGUUAUGAUGAUUAAGCAGCGUUCCAAUAACUAGUCUUGUAACGUUUAGGAUAUACUGUAAAAUGAAGUGCACUUUCAGAUUAUGUACCAGUUUGAGUUUUAGGAUACUCUGCACGGCAUUUACUUCAAUGGGUGAGCUGUAUUGUGUUUACUGUUCAGUAAGUGGGAUUGUCCAGGGUUGUUCUCUCUAUAGGUGGGGUAUUUUUAGUAUUCCUACAUCUCUUCUGGGAGUUCUAUCACAAUUCCAGUACAAUGUUGUACAAAUACUAACAGAUGUUUAAAAUGGGUUUAUUUAUGUAGAACUGUUACAUAUUAAACAAACUGCACAUGUAAAAUCAAUCUACCGGUAAUUUUAUAUUCUCUUUUAUGUGUAAAUGUUACUGUACGUAUGCAAAUACUCCCAAAGAAAAUUGAUAUCCCAAACUGGCAGUUCAGCUUCUGGAUAAUUAGCUAUAGAAUUCUGACCCUUGAAGUGGGUACAUCAGAGAACGUAAUGUGAGAAAACUAAAGUUUAUUAAUUUUCUCAGCUGGCCAAUACCAUAAUCUAUGCAUUAUUCAACUAUGGUAAACUGUAACACUACAAUUAUUUUACCUGUCACACUCAGUGCCACCUCAUUGCAGUUACAUACAGUUGUACUGGUCAUGCUGCAGGAUCCCUUGCUUUGGCAGAUUUGUGAUGCAGGCAGUAAUUCCCUGGACUAUUUGUCGAGCUACCAGAUGGAAGUCAAAUAUAAAAUACUGGCAGGCAAAGCAGUAAAUCAUCCUCCUACAUGAUGCUAAAUUCAGUAUAAAACAUGAGCAGCCAUUUGUAGGGUCCUGCUUGCAAAGGUCAGGUUUAAACUGUUAUUUAAUACAUGCUUGCUCCACUUGACUUUAAUAAGAGUACUGCUGAAAAGUACUGUACAAUUUUGUUGAAUGUACAGAAAUGGAAACAUACUACCAUGUGUACCUCGUGAUUCGAUGCAUGCAUAUUAAAUGUGCUAUAAGUGUUUGCUCUUAAUUUAAAACCUGUGAAGUGCCAUACUUGAUGCACUGAAUAAUGAAAAUUAAAAUGUGAAUAUGCA